GCAACGUACAUCUAAAAACAAUCAUAGAAGGGGUUUUCUGACGGUCACCUUUUCACCUUUUCCACCGGAAUGCGGCGUCGCGACGUGUCUCCGGCAGCGUCGGAGAAUGAAUUCGACAUUUCCAAAGCCCUUGUCGACCAAGUCAGUGACUCUGAAGCUGGCGACCUAGAAAAUUCCAAUGGCAAAAAUGUGCGCCAGCCUGAUCCCAGAGCCAUUUUCGACUUUGAUGGCGAGACACAAGAUUCGGACGAUGAAGCUUUCAUUGCAGCCCACCAAGCCGCAACUAAUCGAAAGUCUGCAAAUGUGAAAGGGCGAAGUGUGAAGAAGGGGGGCGGAUUUCAGGCCAUGGGUCUUAAUGCCAAUCUUCUUAAAGCUAUUACUAGAAAAGGAUUUUCUGUGCCUACUCCUAUCCAGAGGAAGACGAUCCCACUGGUUCUGGAUGGUCACGAUGUUGUGGGUAUGGCGAGGACGGGUUCUGGAAAAACGGCCGCUUUCGUAGUACCUAUGAUCGAAAGACUAAAGGCACACAGCGCGAAAGUUGGUGGCCGGGCGUUGGUUCUUUCUCCUUCGAGAGAGUUGGCGCUCCAAACUCUUAAAGUCGUGAAAGAAUUAGGCCGUGGAACAGAUUUGAAGAGCGUGUUGCUCGUUGGUGGUGACAGUUUAGAAGACCAAUUUGGUUUUAUGGCUACAAAUCCGGACAUUAUCAUCGCCACGCCAGGGCGUUUUCUACACCUUCAGGUCGAAAUGUCACUUGAUUUAUCCUCGAUUAACUACGUUGUCUUCGACGAGGCCGACCGACUUUUUGAAAUGGGUUUUGCUGCCCAACUUACCGAGAUUCUUCAUGCUCUGCCCUCCUCGAGGCAGACGCUUCUAUUCUCAGCAACACUACCAAAAUCCCUUGUUGAGUUUGCCCGAGCUGGCUUGCAGGAACCAAGCCUCGUCCGACUAGACGCCGAGAGCAAGAUCUCACCCGACUUGGAAAGCGCUUUUUUCACCGUUAAAUCAUCUGAGAAGGAGGGAGCUCUCCUUCACAUCAUUCAAGACGUUAUCAGGAUACCAACUGGGGAGACAGAAGCUGCGAAAAAGGCGAAAGACCAGACUCGCCAAGGUAGCAAAAAACGAAAGCGCGACCCGGAUGAUCCGAAGGCCAACGAAUCACCUACAGCUCAUUCCACGAUUGUUUUUGCAGCGACGAAGCAUCAUGUGGAUUACCUUGCUUCUCUCCUUAGACUUGCGGGGUUUGCAGUGUCUCAUGUCUACGGUUCCUUGGACCAGACUGCUCGAAAGAUACAAGUGCAAAACUUUCGCACUGGUUUGACCAACAUCUUGGUCGUCACAGAUGUAGCAGCUCGUGGAAUUGAUAUCCCCAUUCUGGCAAAUGUCGUGAAUUACGAUUUUCCGGCUCAGCCAAAAAUCUUCGUGCAUCGCGUUGGUCGCACUGCUCGAGCCGGACAAAGAGGUUGGAGUUACAGCCUCAUUAGGGAAUCUGAUGCGCCGUAUCUCCUCGAUCUUCAGCUUUUCCUUGGCAGGAAAUUGCUCUUAGGACGAGAGGGUGGCGAUCAUGCUAAUUUUGCAUCGGAUAUUGUUGUCGGCAGUUUCAGUCGUGAGCAGUUGGGGAGUAGCUGCGAGUCUGUGACCAAAUUGUUGGACGACGAUACGGAUUUGGAAGCUAUGCGCACUGUCGCUGCCAAGGGCGAGAAACUAUAUAUGAGAACUCGGAACUCUGCAUCCACGGAGAGUGCCAAACGCGCCAAGGAGGUCGUGUCGUCUGAAAACUGGAUGGCUUUGCAUCCACUUUUCAAGAAUGAUGCUGAUCCAAUGGAGAUUGAGAGAGAAAAGAUGCUCGCUAAAGUGAGUGGUUUUAAGCCCUCGGAGACCAUUUUUGAAAUUGGUAACCGCGGAAGUGGCGGUGAAGCGGCCGAAAUUAUGCGGAAACGGAGGGAGAAGAUUGAGCCAAAAAGGAGAGGAGCGCAGAAGGAUCAGCAGUCUCAAUUCCCAUCAACUGCAGUUUCAGCUGGGCAUGGCGAAUCAGAUCAUGGCGAGGAUGGUCAUGAUGAUGAAAACGAGAUAGAAGGGAUCGCGACUGGCGCGGAUGUGAAUAUGGAUUCCGCAUCUGAGGAUGAAUUGGAAGUGACAUUUUCAAAGCCAAAGAACAAAAAGGACAAAUCUGUGGCCGAUCCAUGGAAGGAUUCUGAACAUUUCAUGUCUUACACGCCUGGCUCCAACAGCCUUGCCGAGGAGCGUGGAUAUGGCGUGCAUUCGGGAUCACAAGGAUCCAACUUCGUUGAAGCAGCCCGCGGGGCCACCAUGGAUUUAACCAACGAUGAGUCCAAGUCAUUUGCUGAGCCCAGCAGAGCUGGACGACUACGGUGGGAUAAAAGGUCCAAGAAGUAUGUCUCACGAGCCAAUGAUGAGGAUGGCUCCAAGGGUGCAAAGAUGAUUACAGGCGAAAGUGGUCAGAAGAUUGCCGCUAGCUUCCGAAGCGGACGGUUCGACGCAUGGCGAAAAUCUAACAAGAUUGAACGACUUCCCCGCACGGGAGAGAUUGAGAGGAUACCCCAUAGUAUUGGAAACAUGCCAGGCAAGCAGUUUAAACACAGGUUGGAGAAGGCGCCGAAGGAGGCCGAUAAGUUCAGAGAUGAUUAUCAUCAGAGGAAGAAGAGAGUGGCUGAAGCCAAGGAAAAGCGGAUUGGCAGAUUCAAGGAGGGCGAAGGGAAACGAGAAAUCAAGGGCACGGACGACGUUCGGAAGCAGAGGGAAUUGGCGGAGAGACGACGCCAAAAGAAUGCUCGUCCUUCCAAGAAGAGGAAGUUUUAAUUACUCAGAGCUCAUACUGGCAUGGUACUCUUCAAUAUCUUUCUCAUCUAAGGUAGUGAUGUGUGGCGAUUUUGUAUUACACUCAUCUUCAUAUAUGGCGUUUGAUUACAAAACUAAAUUUCAGGUCUUGUGAGAUUAGUCGAGAACAUCAGGGACUUUCAUGUUUCAUGUUUCAUCCUCACAUCCCUUUUCUCUCCCCCCCCCCCC